AUGAACACCAAACUCCAUAACCCCGACGUGAAGAGCAGGCCCACAGCUGUGUGCAGAGUUACAAAGCCCAUUUGCAAGUUCUACCGGGUCGGAACUUGCAAAUAUGGCGCAAAGUGUGUAAAUCUGCAUGCGGAGGACGGACGGGCUCCCGGAGAUUCGGCGUGCGACUUAUUGGAGGAUGAAGCGAAAAGAGACGACUUCACAAGAACCAUAAGCGGCGCAUUCGUUCAGUUCGAUGCGGGCGCCCGCGUAUCCCAGAUCCGGCUGCCCGGCGACUUCUCUGCUGUCCGUAUCGGCGGACUACAGCCAAACGCCUCGAAACAAUCAGUGCAGGACAUGCUGGCUGAAAAGGGAUUCGAGGUUGGCGUCGACGAUAUCUACAUGUUGAACAAGGAAGGUGAAUACGGAGCAACCGUCCGAUCGGAUGAUGCGUCGUUUUCAAAACGACUCUGUAGCUGCACAUGGGGAGACGCAAAGAUACAGGCCACGCCCAUUGCCGCGCCGAUGCCCUCUGGUUACAACUCCCGGCGUGUGGACUGCAAAAAGGUCCACCUCUCCUGGCAUAAAGCAGUUAAAAUCGUCUGGCUGAAAUUUGGCGAUGGAGACAUUGCCCGCAUGGUGAGCAGCAUGUUCUCGAAGGGGACAUAUAAGAUCCUGGAGCAGGAAAUCACUGCUGCUGCAGCUAUCGGGGCCGAAUCAGUCUCAAGGUCGCGGUCAACACGGGGGAACCGAGUUGCCUGGACUGUUGUAUUGACCGAGGUCCCAGCGGCCGCACACAGGGACGACAUCAUGCUGGCCAUUACGCAUGAGCGCAACAAGCCUUUCCAUGUAGAGAUGGGGGCUCCAACAUACUCGACCGACGACGAGACGGCCAAGGCAAUGAUUUGUUCUCUCCUGACAAAUAUCGGACCUUUGGAGUACUGGGACGACACGCUGGAGACGAAUGCCAGACGGGUGAAGGCCACUGCGCGCUUCUUGGACGAGUCUGACGCUCGCAGAGCUGCGAUGGAGCUCGACGGCAAGGAGCUGCCUUUUCAUAGCAAGGCUCGGCUUACUGUCCAGGUCGUGUACUCGGCCAAGUUUAAAGUUGGCGUCAACAUCUUUGACGCUGUUCAGCCGAGAAUCCUUGCCCAGCAAGCUUCUUGGAGAGACGGAAACGUUUUUUUUAGGGCCUACAGCCCUGCCAACUCCCUUGGAAGGUUUAGGGUUUUGAAGAUCGAGGGUGAAUCGGCAGAGGAGGUUGCGAGGGCCAAGACGGACCUUGAGUCGGUUCUCGCUGGUGUCGUCGCAACGGACAAGGAUGGUGUCGUGCUCUGGGACUCUUCGCUCAAGGCCAACGGGAAGCUUUUCCAAGGCAUAAAGUCAUUGGCGAAAAAGCUUUCGGUGACCAUCCUUCGAGACAAGGCAAAAUCCGAACUGCGCCUCUUCGGAGAGCAGCAGCGUUGCCAAGAAGCACAGCACCGCCUGGCUGAGCUUGUACGCAUAGAAUCAAGGCCAGAUACGUCUAGAGCCAUUGAGCUUGAACCUCCCAAGUUUCUCUGGGCUUGCCAAGGGGGCUUCAGAGCCGUCGCUGGUCGAAUUGGCCCGGAAAGGGUCUCGUUUGACAUCGCCUCGACGCCAAAGAGAAUCAUUGUCUCUGGCUCUCUGGAAGACUAUGACGCUGCUCUCGCAGUCAUUGAGGGCAGAGAACAAGUCUCCGAGCAAGGCGAGCAGCCUGGAUCCGACGGCACGCCGCAAACAUGUUCCGUCUGCUGGACCGAAGCCGACACUCCCGUCAAGAUAACAUGUGGCCACAUUUAUUGCUCAGAGUGUUUUGAAGACAGCUGCACCAAGGCAGACACUACAUCAUCCGGGGACUUGAAGAUACUUUGCCACGGCAGCCAGGGAAAGUGCGGAAGCGUCGUAGCUCUCGAGGACCUGCAGGCGUGCCUCUCCUCGGCUGCGCUCGAGACUGUCCUUGGACUGUCCUUCUCGACUCACGUAAAGCGCCGUCCCGACCAGUUUCGUUAUUGCCCCAGUCCAGACUGCGACCACAUCUACAGAGUGUCAUCAGCGGCCCGGACUCUGAACUGCUCCAACUGUCUCAGACCUACCUGCUCCGCGUGCCACGAGCCGCACGUCGGCAUGUCGUGCGCGGAACAUCGAGACCUCAAGUCGGGGGGGUUCGCGGCGUUCGCGAAGCUCAAGGAGAAAUUAGGAAUCAAGGACUGCCCCAAGUGCGCGACGCCGCUGGAGAAGGUUUCGGGAUGCAAUCACAUGACGUGCGCGGCAUGCAAGGCUCACAUAUGCUGGGUGUGCCUGAUGACAUUUCCAAGGGGCUGCGACGUGUACGAGCACAUGAGCAAGCUCCAUGGAGGCCAUAUCGACGUGCCGGAUGUCUAA